UGUUAGUUCGACCAUCUGGCUACUAUUAUAAGGAUUUGUGACUAAGGUUUCAAAGUAUAUAAGCACAAUUCGAUCAGGCUGAGGUAUCAAAUCGAGUUAAGAACCCAAUCUUACAACAUGAAAUUCGCUAUUGUUGGAGUCUUGUUGGCUGUUGCCCUUGGAAUCGAAGCUUCCGGGCUAGCAUGGGGAGCACACUACGCCCCAGCCCUCUCCUACACCUCUAUUAGUGGACCAGCUGCCCAUGGUGCUUGGGGUCAUGGUGCCUGGGCUGCUCCUGCUGCCUGGGCAGCCCAUAGUGCAUGGGCCGCUCCCGCUGCUGUAGAUGUAACCCAUGGCGCAUGGGGCCAUGGUGCUUGGGCUGCUCCAGCUGCUGUAGCUGUAGCUCCUGCCGCUAUUGCUGUCGCUCCAGCUGCCAUCGCUACUCAUGCAGCCAUCGCUCCAGCUGCGCAUGCCUGGGGUCAUGAAGGCAGUUAUGUGGCCAAGACCCGUGGAGCCACUCAUAUUGCACCAUUGGCUGGACACGCCCACUCUGCUGCUGCUAUCAAUGUUCACCCAGCACCAGGAACUAUCUAAAGAGCUAUGAAGUUUUCUAUACUCUUGUAAUACGGCGACCUGAUUUUAUAACUACAUACCUCAUAAUCAACUGGUAUAAACAUUUUAAAUAAAAAUACUCUUUUAUUUAUUCAAAA